GCUGUCUCAUUCUCUUAUUCCCUCUUCCCACUCUCUGUGUUUUUUUCCCUCCUCCUCAUUGCCUCUCCUUUUCUUUUUCUCCGCAUACAGAUGCACACGCACUCUGUCUCCCUCCUUCCCUCCGUCUUCCUCUCCUCGUAUCCACCGGCAUCUGCGCUGAGGAUCCUCCCUCACCAGCCUGUGGAUCCCUUCACUUGACUAAUUAGCCUUGAAGUGCUGUUGAAGAUCAUCAUAUUUAGCUUAGCGACCCAGCGGCAGAGUGCAGACAGAUAUAGACUGGGCUGGCUGGAGGCUGGGUGCCUGGCACUGUUGUGAGCUCUCUAUCGCUCUCUAUUCACACUCAGUGCCGAGGGCUUCUCAGUGGCAGAGCGGAGGAAGUGAGGGGCGGUUUUUUGCUUUGAAAGAGACGAGAAAGGGGGGAAAAAGGGAAAAAAAAAGAGGAGCGAAGCCGAGACCACAAGUCGACCACAGAAUGGGAGCCCAGUGCAGGAGCAAAUCCUCCUAGAGACGGAGAGUCGCAGGAGGCAGCGAUCACUGUGCAGCAGCUUCCAACAUACAGAGAUUUAAAGAUGAUCGGCGGUCAGCUGUCAGCGCCGAGGAGGGUGGUGCAGAGCUUUCCUGACGACAGAGGCCUGCAGAAGACCAGCACCUACAUUGUGCCAUGCUUCCUCUUCGUGGAGCUGGUCAUCAUGGCAGGGACCGUUCUGUUGGCGUACUACUUUGAGUACACGGACACGUUCCCCGUGCACAUCCAGGGCUUCUUCUGCUUCGACAAAGCCUACUCCAAGCCGUACCCGGGACCGGAGGACAACAGCAAGGCGCCGCCCGUCCUCGUCUACUCCCUCGUCACUGCCAUCCCCACUGUCACGAUUCUGAUCGGGGAAGUGACCAGUUUCUUUGUGAAGAGCGAGGGCGCUCAGGAGAAGACCAUAGUGACCGCUGACUGCUGUUAUUUCAACCCUCUCCUCCGGAGGAUCGUACGUUUUCUGGGUGUCUACUCCUUCGGCCUCUUCACCACCACCAUCUUUGCCAACGCAGGUCAAGUGGUGACAGGAAACCAGACGCCUCACUUCCUGUCCGCCUGCAGGCCAAACUACACGGCUCUGGGCUGCCAGUCUCCGCUGCAGUACAUCGCAGAGCGCAGAGCCUGCACGGGAAACCCAUACCUGGUGGUGUCUGCCCGCAAAUCCUUCCCCUCCAAGGACGCAGCGCUCAGCUUUUAUUCAGCCAUCUACACAGUGAUGUACGUGACCCUGGUGUUCCGGACCAAAGGGACUCGUCUGACCAAGCCCACCCUGUGCCUGGUGCUGCUGUCUCUGGCUGUGCUGGUGGGGGUGAUAAGGGUGACCGAACACAGAAACCACUGGAACGAUGUCGUGGCUGGGUUCAUCACCGGAGGGGCCAUCGCUGCCUUCCUGGUAUCAUGUGUGAUCAACAAUUUCCGGCCAACCCAGAUUGCUGCGCCACCUCCUCCACCUCCACAGCGCCAAGAACCCCCUAUGGGGAUGCCUCUUCUCACCCUGCCCCGCGUGGAGAGUCCACUCGAAAAGUUAAGUGGCCUCCAGGCUCCAGGGCUACCGUAUUCUGAGAUCACAUGACCAUCAGCCAAUCCCGUCCCCCACCCCCCCCGAUGUGCUCCUUCCCUCACGGCGUUGCCUCACCAGCGCAGUCUAGACCUGCCCACUGAAAUCCCCCCGCCCUGCCGCGCCCAUCCGGAGGGACGGCAUCCUCUCCGACGAGUCAAGUCCACCCAGGUUUGAAGGUCCACCAAUCACAGGAGGCAGAACAGCAACAUGUGCACAUGGCAAGCGUGGCUGUAACCUGUCAUCCGCUAAGGACCAAAAGGAGAUGGAUAUGCGUCCUUCCGUCCUCUUCUGACCUGUUUGUCCUCCAAGAUGGCCUCCUUUUUCUUUCAGGUGUAAAAGAACCAAUGAAAGACUCGCCAAAGCCAGAGCUGUUGAAGCAAUACUGUGUCCUAUUUGCUCGUCCUGUUUUCCCACAAACACCCUUCAGUGACUCUAAAGACUGUUGGCUGGUGAUGACUUGAUAAAACACUUGAUCAAAACAAAAAAACUCGGCGGAGCUGAGGGUUUUUUAAUGACGAAAGAAACUCCUAAUCACAGAUGUAUCGUCCUCAGAAGACCAUUUUGUAACACUCAGGACAAUAUAAUGGAAAAAAGGGACAAGAUUAAAAUCAAAGACCUUUACGUAAUCAAAAUGCAGGUACCGUCCAGUGUUAU